CCGCCUUCGGAAAAGGAAGUAGCGGUGCGCUAGGGCGCCAGCGGUGACCGCGACGAUAGCGGUGACCCAGAGAGGAGAAGGCGGCCACGGUUUGGCGGUUAAAGGCGGGGCCGGCUCCUCGGAGCGGUUCGGGACAGGAGUCAGGUGCGGAGGAGGAGGCUGGCUGAGGCAGGUGGGUUUCGGGGUCCCGGGACUGGAACAGAAUUAUUUGGAUUCAGCGCGUUGGUUCCAGCCAUGGGUUUGUCUGCAUCUACCCCUGCUGUUGCCGUUCAGACCUCAAAUGCUUCAGAUCAUCAGACAGCAUCCCCGCCUUCCGGAUGUCCCAUGCAUGAAGGGAAAAUGAAAGGCUGUCCAGUGAGCGCAGAGCCAUCUAAACCAGCUUGUGAGAACAAAACGAAUGCCGUGCCUGCCCACCAGGAUCGUGCGUACGAGUAUGUGGAAUGUCCUGUUACGGGCGCUGUGGCUAAGAAUAAGGAGAACCUAGAUCCUUCUAAUCUGAUGCCACCGCCCAAUCAGAUGCCGGCCCCCGAUCAGCCGUUUGCACUGUCUACUGCAAGAGAGGAGUCAUCCAUUCCGAGAGCAGAUUCGGAGAAAAACUGGGUGUAUCCUUCCGAACAGAUGUUCUGGAAUGCCAUGUUACGGAAAGGGUGGAAGUGGAAGGAUGACGAUAUCAGCCCGAGAGACAUGUAUAACAUCAUCAGGAUUCACAAUCAGAAUAACGAGCAAGCUUGGAAGGAGAUCUUGAAGUGGGAAGCCCUUCAUGCUGCGGAGUGUCCUUGUGGUCCAUCAUUGAUCCGGUUCGGAGGUAAAGCGAAAGAGUAUUCACCGAGGGCGAGAAUUCGGUCCUGGAUGGGGUACGAGUUGCCUUUCGACAGGCACGACUGGAUCAUCAACCGCUGCGGGACGGAAGUGCGGUACGUCAUCGACUACUACGACGGCGGGGAGGUCAACCAGGACUACCAGUUCACCGUGCUGGACGUGCGGCCCGCCUUGGACUCGCUCUCGGCCGUGUGGGACAGGAUGAAGGUCGCGUGGUGGCGCUGGACGUCCUAGCCGCUGCUUCGCCAGAGAUGGGGAGAUAGAAACUAUUUUUUUCCGAGCAAUACAUUAAACUAUUUCCCCAAACUGA